AUGAUCCACAGGCAUAGCAAUCCCACUGUUCUUGACGUUGUGAUGCGCGGUUCAGCUGCAAAAACGCCCUCCAACCCAGAUGUCCAACACAAAAGCUGUCUUACACCCCAAACCCUCACAGCAUGCAGUUCAUCAACAACUGUAAUGUCACAUUCUAGCAUUGGCAGCAGUGGUAGCAGUAGCAGUGGCAAUGUGUCCCUUCCUCAGGAGGCUCCUUCCCUUCCAGGCCGGGGGCGCCAUCCAGUGUACCGUGGAGUGAGGCGUAGGAGGAGUAAUGGGAAAUGGGUUUCUGAAAUUCGUGAGCCGAGAACACCUAAUCGGAUUUGGCUUGGCACAUUUCCAACUCCUGAAAUGGCUGCUGUGGCCUAUGAUGUGGCGGCUCUGGCUCUAAAGGGUCAAGAUGCAGAGCUGAACUUUCCCAACUCGGCAUCUUCAUUGCCAGUUCCCGCCUCCACCUCCCACCGUGACAUUCAGGCAGCGGCAGCCUCAGCGGCCGCUGCUGCUGGGGCUGCCGUGGAUGCUCUGGCGGGGGCUCAAGUUGGCGGGACAAUAGAACUGCCACCAGCUGAUGAUCCUGCGAUGAAUGAGUUUGUUGAUGAGGAUUUAAUCUUUGAUAUGCCUAAUGUUCUGGUGAAUAUGGCUGAAGGGAUGCUUCUUAGCCCUCCCCGUCUUGAUGUUUCUGGUGAUGAGACUGAUGCUGAUAAUAUUGGAGACCAGAACUUGUGGAAUUACCCUUGA